UUAUAGUAAACAUGAAAAACAAGUUUUCAAAAAAUGACUCCAAAGCAACGGAUGAGGAUAGCCAAUGAAAAAGCUAGGAAAAACAUCACACACCGAGGAAAUGUACCAAAAUCGACCAAGACGGAGAAUGACAAGACACCUGCAGUUGGUCCGUGGCUUUUGGCGUUAUUUGUUUUUGUCGUUUGUGGCUCUGUGAUAGCCGAACUCAUUCAAAGUAUAAGAAGAGCACAAACACCAGUCGUUUAA